AUGUUUACCUGUUUAGUUCUUGCGCUCAUACACCUAAUAUGGGUGACUUUUUGCAUCGCAGCACCCAAAAAUGAAUCACGACGGGUUCCAAGUGAGCUAUUCAACUCCCUCGAGGAGCUGUCUAGACUAGUAGACAUCGCAUACUGCGUGGGGACCACUGGGGUCCAAGAACCAUUUCAGUGCCUUAGCCACUGUGCUGAAUUCCCAGAUCUAGAGUUAAUUACUACUUGGAACACCGGUAUUCUUCUAUCUGACUCAUGCGGAUACAUGGCAAUAUCCCAUACUCCGGGGAUGAAACGUAUUAUUCUCGCGUUCCGAGGAACCUACUCGAUCACCAACACCAUCAUCGAUCUCUCAGCAUAUCCACAAGCCUACGUACCUUAUACAGGUGAAGAUCCCGAAAAUCCAUCUGCCUUGACCCAGAAUACGAAAUGCGAGAAUUGCACUGUCCAUGCUGGGUUCAUGACGUCGUGGCUGAAUACCCGCGAGACAGUGAUGCCCCAACUAUCGGCCGUUCGCAAGCAAUACCCAGACUAUGAGAUAACAUUAGUCGGUCAUUCUCUCGGCGGGGCCGUGGCUGCGUUAGCAGGGCUAGAGAUGCAAGUCAAAGGCUGGAACCCAUCCGUCACGACCUUUGGAGAGCCGAUGGUUGGAAAUCAAGAAUUUGUGGAAUUCAUCGACAAGCACUUCCACAUGGGAAGGUACCACAUCCCCGGAAGCGAUCGAGUGAAGCGCGCAUUCCGUCGAGUGACACACGUCAAUGAUCCUAUCCCCCUUCUCCCACUCGAAGAAUGGGGCUACGCCGCUCACGCUGGAGAAAUCUAUAUCUCAAAGCCAGAUCUCUCGCCUGGUAUUGAAGAUGUUGAAAUAUGCGAAGGGGACCGAGAUUCAAGAUGUAUUGCCGGCGCAGAAACUGGCGCCCUUCUAUUGGAUAUGUAUCGGGAUGUCAAUAUCCCCCUUGAUGUUUUUAGUACCCGGUUGGAUCCGUGUCCUUCAUAUACGGGGCCAUCAGGCUCAGACCCAAGGCACCAAUUUGUCCUAGGGACGCAGAGAGAUCGGGUUGAAUUAGGGGACUGUGCCUCUCAUGAUGCAACAGCUCCUCUCUAUCCUCUUCAUUGGGACUGGUCUCUUAUACCGGCCCGAUACCGCCUGUGGGAGCUCUUCCAUGCACACCGGGACUACUUCUGGCGCAUUGGCUUAUGUGUUCCAGGGGGAGACCCAACCGGAUAG